AUGUCUCGCAGAACUUCGACUAUGGCGUCGAGCAGUUCUAACAAUGCCCCGUCUGCAGGUGACGGAGGCCAGGAAAAGCAGAAGAUGCUACUCUCGUCUGAACAUGGCCACUUUAGCUUGAUCAAGUCAGUAUCUGGAAUUCAGGUUGCUGCCUGCAUCGCAGGGUCCUCUGCUAACGCUGCUACCAGAGCUCUCCAUCUUGCCGAUCUAGUCACUGAACUUAAUGUCAUGUCCGUUUUCUCGUCUAUGCGCUAUUGUCUCGGUGAGCCCACUGAAUACAGUGCCAUCUGGGCUGCCCUCGGUUUCAUGCCUUUCGGCCUAUUCUUCGACUUCAUGGACGGAAAAAUUGCGCGCUGGCGCAAGAAGUCCUCCCUGAUGGGUCAGGAGCUCGACUCGCUCGCUGAUUUGAUCUCCUUCGGCCUCGCCCCUGCCGCGGCAGCUUUCGCGCUUGGUAUUCGCACAUCUCUCGACCACCUGUUCCUCACUUUCUUUGUCCUCUGCGGUUUGACCCGCCUGGCUCGGUUCAACGUGACGGUGGCUGUGUUGCCUAAGGACAAGACCGGCAAGUCGAAAUACUUUGAAGGCACGCCCAUUCCCACUACAUUGGCAAUCGUCUCUCUCAUGGCCUACUGGGUCUCCCAGAGCUGGACCCACGAGAACAUUCCUCUCGGCCUCGUUGCAGAGGGUACAAUCUUUGAGUUUCACCCGGUUGUGCUCAUGUUCGCUCUGCAUGGUUGUCUGAUGGUUAGCAAGACCAUUCACAUCCCGAAGCCGUGA